GGAAAAGUUAUUACAGUCUGUAGUGAACAGUUUAACUUGACAUUUUCAUUGUUUAUUGUUAUAUGUAAUGUUAAGAAUUCAACAUGUGUAUCAGCUGCACAAAAAUGUUUUUAAAGUUGAAAUAUUAACAUGUUUGUAUAUCCUGGGUCACAUUAGGAGAAGUCAUUAAAUUUCAGCCUAAAAGAAAAAAAGUGUUUAGUGUGUUUUUACUCGUCUCACAUGUAAAAUUAUAUCACAUUUGACUCUGAACAGAAUGUAACUUUAUUUUCCACCAACAUUAAGUCAUACACUUUGAGCUUAGCUGAAUAGCAACUAACCACUUCCUUUUCUCUGAGCCACCUCAACAGUGAUGUUUAAGUUCCAGUCUUUCAUUUCAUUCUGAAGGUUAUUAUGUUCAGUCAAGACCAAGCAGCUCUGCUCUCCAUUCAGCUAUUAAUUAUGUGCCAUGUCUUUGCAGAGGUUCAUCAAGUUGACUGCGGGGACAUACUGGUGUCUGAGGGAAACGCCACCGUUUUCACUUGCAACAUGACAAAUGCAAAGCAAAUCGGCUGGACCAAAGGAAGAAUACUUUUUACUUUUAAUGUCUUAAACAAUCAGACAUUUUCAAAUGUCACCUCUCAAAGAAUGAGCAUAGACUCGAACUUUCCUUCAAAGCUGAAUAUUCUUGAUGUUCAGCAUGAAGAUGCAGGACUUUAUAAGUGUGAAGUAACUUAUGAAAAAGGUGUAAGGACUACUGAGUGGAAUUUAACUGUGUUGGAAAUCUCUAAAGAAAUCAGUACAUCGAGCUAUUGUCUAUACAUACUUACACCUGGACUUGGAUUGCUUCUUUGUGGCUUGGCUGCAGCAGUUUGCCUCUACAGCAGAAAACUCAGGACCACGACAACAAACCAGGACCCAGUCCCAGACCAGUUUCCUCUUCAGUCGGGGGGAGAGGUGGUCCCUCCUCAACUGCAGGGUGUUGUGGACUGUAGGACGAAUAAUAAGCAGAGGAGUCAGUACUUGGAGAGGCUCAAUUCAAUCUAUGGUAUAUAAUGAAGUAGUUGUUUAAACUGUCCAGCAGAUGGUGAUAAAGGCUCAGCCAAAGUUGUGUGAGAAAAGAUAAAGGAUGUUACUGUGAAGACAAGUGCAUUAAAUUAAAGCCCCAAUCCAUUAUUGGUGCACAUCACUAAUUUUGUCCAGGUGCAAAGGGAAAAGCUAUGAGAGUUUUGUGUGUGUGUGACUUUUGUAUAUGUGCUUCUAAAA